AAAACAAUCACAAUUAUCAGCAUUGUACUGCAAAGCUGCAAUGAGCGAUGCAAUUACCUCCAAGGGAUGGUUGGUGUGUUCCUGCACUCAGUGAAUGCUCCGCAACGUGUGAUCAAUGUCCUUGCCCAUGGAGGUUUUACCAUCAGCUCAACAUCCAUCAACGCAUCGGUACGGAACCUAUCGAAGCAAAUAGAAAAGCAGAUACAAACCAGUGGACAAACCUUG